CACCAGGACCCUGCCAUGGCCGGUGCUCCCAACUGGCUCCAUGUAGACACAGAGGACGAUAGUCCUCCACCGCAACUUACCACCCUCUCUAGUUGCAUGGCUUUGAGCGAUGUUCAGUGCGAUGGUUACGUCCGGAUGUUAGCGGCGGACAUUUCGUUGGAUGAUGCCUCAGAAGAACCUAGUGCUACUCUGAAAGUUUUCCGGGGACUGAAGCUGAAGCAAGAGCAACCACUGCCGGGAAUUCCCACGGCCAUUGAAAGUCUUUACAUAGAUGAAUCGGAACCCAAAACACCGGUAAUUGCCGUGGCCAUCGCCGAGUCAGUGCUCUUUUAUCGCCACCUAAAACCGUACUUUAAGUACACGAUUCCUGCCCAGGAUUCUGAGGAUCUCGAGCUGGAGGUGUGGCGCAAACUGCCAGUAAUGAAACCAAAUGCCCAUCCCGCCUUGUUAGAGUCCCUGCGAAACAUUGACCACUCCAAGUUGUCGCGAAAAUCCCAGAGACUUCUGCAAAUGGGCGAGGAGGAGCGUGAGGACUUUAUUACCCUGCACAAGGAGUCACCAGUGGGUCGGGUGGGCAGUAUUGUGGCCAUGUGUUGUAUAAAGCGCAUCUCCAGCGAUGCUAAUCCUCCCUCUCACUUGGUCCUGGCCACCGAUACUGGACAUAUCUUGAUACUGGAGCCGCAGGGCUUUAACCUGGUAUUCGAGGGCAGUACCUGCCAGGAUGAAACCGCCGUCCCCAGCUUGAUCUCCGUACAGGGAACAUUUGAAACGGACUUUUGCAUAGUGGUGGCAACGCGAAAUGGCGGUGUCUACCUCCUGCGCAAGAGCCAAUCCGAGGGUCAAGAGAUAUUUAAGCUUGGAAUACCGCUAACAGGUCUGCUACUCCUGCCUAUUGAUCAAACGAUAAUCGCCUCCACUAUGGAUAAUCGCUAUUUGUGCUACUCGAAGCGCGGCAAGUUGUUAUAUCAAGUGCAACUUGGCGAACUGCCCGUCAGCCUCCUUCCGUUGCCCAUGACCCAUUUGGGACUCAAUCUGGUUGCUAUUGCUCUUAAAGGUGGCGUGGUUAAAUUUUAUCUGCAGCGCUAUCUGGUCGAUGAGUUCUCCCUUGAUGAAACAGUGGAUGCCAUGCUAUACGGCAGGAUGGGUAUGGAGGAUCACGUCCUUACCCUCGUCACACAAUCAGGCCAGAUUGUGGUCAAGAUCUUGAGACGGGUAUCUCGAUUUGAGCCCAAGCCCGGAGAUUUGGCCAACAAGAGAUCAGGCAACGAUCAAAAGUCUAUCGUUGAUUCCUCCAUUCUUGACAAACCCAAGAAGAGCUCAAUCUUUGUGGAGCAGGCGGAACGGGAGAAACAGCACGCCAAAUCAACCUAUGGCAGUUUUCAAGUGGAGCUGUGGCGUCUGAGACACACGGCAGCGAGGGCAACUAUAGAUGCCAUCAACUCAUCCGAGAGCACGAUAUCCGGAGAUCUAACCCAUGCCCCUGUCAAACUAUCCGCCGAGGUCUGCGGUAGUGGACCUGCCUUUCGUCUCUACCUCACCGUCCAGAAUCUGUCGACAUUCAAAAUGGCAUCCAACCUGGUGGUUCUACUUCACGCAGAUAGACGCCACUAUACAAUUGCGCAGACCUUGGCCCGCCUACCCAGUGUAUUGCCGGGAGUACCCCUGCGAGUGGACUUCGAGGUAGUGGCCGUGUUGGAUCCCAUGGACAAGCUGCCCCCGGCUAGCCUUACCCCGGAUAACUCUCUAAUUCGGGUUAUGCUGAUGAAAGCUGGUCAAGCCAAGCCUCUCAUCGCAGCAGCUGUUUCAAUGCCCCAGUCCGAGGCAGCCUUCUAA